AUGACGAGCAAUAAUCAUUCAUCAGCUACUGGUCAACCAGCAGGAAUAUGUCCAUUUAAAAUGGUUCUAUUGGGUGAAUCAGCUGUUGGUAAAUCAUCCUUGGUACUUCGUUUUGUCGAAGGAAAAUUUCAUGAAUAUGAAGUAUCAACUAUAGGUGGAGCAUAUCUUACACAAACUGUAUCUAUUGGUGAUAUAACAGUUAAACUUGAAUUAUGGGAUACAGCUGGACGAGAAAAAUAUCAUUCAUUAGCUCCAAUGUAUUAUCGUGGUGCUCACGCUGCAAUUGUUGUUUAUGAUAUAACAAAUGCAGAUACAUUUAGUCGAGCUAAAGUAUGGGUUAAAGAAUUACAACAUCAAGCAGCAUCAAAUAUUAUUAUUGCUUUAGCUGGUAAUAAAGUUGAUUUAGCUACUACUACACGACAAGUUGAAGUUGCUGAUGCUCAAACAUAUGCAGAAGAAAAUGGUUUAAUAUUUAUGGAAACAUCAGCUAAAACAUCAAUGAAUGUUAAUGAUAUAUUUAUGGCCAUAGCAAGAAAAUUACCAAAACUCAAGAUACAUCAAAUCGAAGUGGUGAACUAG